UCUAAGCGAGCUAUGGCGGUGGUGUGGGUGAAGCGGGACGACGAGGCGCUGCGAUUCCCUUUGGAUGGCUCCAAACUCAUGGUGGGUGCCAUCGCUCGCCACUGGGGCCUGGACCCGGACUCCCUCCGCAUCGGCGACUGCGCUCUAGUCCCAGGCCCCGACGGCAACUCGAUGCUCUCCCUGGACGACAUCGCCGCGAUGAUGCAGGACCAGGGUGACGGUAGUAGCCGGGAGCAAGCGCUCCUCAUCACCGGCCGCCGCUGCUCUGCCGCUACUUACGUGCACCCUGCCGUCCAGGAUCUCAUCCGGCAGCGAGACGAGAAGGAUCUGGUGGCAAGGAAGAAGCAAAGGAGAGAGGCCGCAGAGUCGAGGUGGUACAAGGCGUGCAAGAGCAGCGUCGCGGGCCUGUGGUCGUACGUCAAGGAGCUGGAGCCAGAGGGCAUGAAGCCAGAGCAAGUUCGCAGCGUGUUGCAGUCCAGGGUCUCCAAGAUGGUGCCUCGCCUGCACUUUGUGGAGGGUGACGACGAGCCGAGCGAUGACAACUACAGGGGCCUGGCCGCCUUGGUGAAGCCCGAUGGCUCUUGCUUCACCGCCGCCGUGUGCUGCGACCGCAGCUCCACCUCCGGCAAGCACGUCCUGGUGUUUCCGGAUCCACCACUGGAGUACGAGUGCGUGGUGACUUACGAGGAAGAGAUCGAACAGCUCGCCAUCCUGACGCCGACCAAACCCGUCAGCUUCAACUAUUGCAUCAACUGGACUGACUGGGUUGCCAAGUCGGGGGAUGCCUACAGCUGGAAGCGCGACCCAGAGUCCGGGGACAUCAAGUGCGUGGCGGGCAUCUUCCUUGAGGAUCGAACCCUCACAACUGGUGAGUGCGUGCCUUACCGCAUGGUGAUGCUUCCGGUGGAGAGCACGGUGGAGGUUGGUGCCCCUGUCCUUGACGAUGAAGGAAGUCUUGGCGGAGUGGUGGUGGAAUUCGAGGCGAUCCCGGCUCGUGAUACUCGAUCGACGAAGAAGAGGAAGAAGAAGAAGAAGGGAGAGAGGAGGCUCGAUCAGACUGCCAUCCGCGACAAGUUCCAAAGACGAGUCGAGGAGGAUCCCGACUUCGGGAAAGCUCUCGAGGCUGGGCUCAGGCACCGCAAAGCCGUCGUUUACGUCGGGUGUGUGGACAUUGCUGGUUUGAUAACUGUUUGCGACGAUUGGGCGAGAGCUCAUCCUCUGAAAGAGUUUGAGCUUUAAGAGAGAUUGGAGUGCCGGACGCUUCGCCUCAUCCAGGCAUAGGAGCAGCUAAUUUUUAAGAAAUAUACCUAGAGUUGUGAAUGGCAGCCUUCUCCACGAGGUCGUCGCUUUGACCAUGACUUCCUAUAACUUCCACGAGUUAAGUCUUAAACAAGAGAAGAAAGAAGCAAACUUUUUGCCUUAGAGAGCA